AUGGAAUAUAUAUUCCUAUCUUACCCACCGAACCUUACUCGUUCUCUUCAAAUUUAUAAAAUAUGCUCACUUGUUUGUAUAAUUUUCAUCACUGUCAGGCUUUGUUAUUGCGCUACAAACAAUCAAACUAUACCAAAACAAAAUGUUCCGACCACACCUGAGCUAUCUGACUUAUCUCAUAACAAAAGAAAAGCACUGUAUACUCCAUAUUGGGCUGUAGAAAUCAAAGGAGGUGAAAAGGCUGCGCGUGCUAUAGCCGAAAAAUACGGAUUUCUAUAUCUUGGAGAGAUUUUACCUGGAAUUUAUCAUUUCAAGCAUAAUCGUAUUUCCAAAAGAUCUUUGAGACAAAACAAUUAUUAUCAUGAUCAAUUAGCUAAUGAUGAACAGGUAGUGUGGUUAGAACAACAAGUUGCAAAGGUUCGAGUUAAACGAGAUGUGUACGUUCCAGUUAAAGAUCCGAAAUGGCCUCAGAUGUGGUAUUUAAAUCGUGGAGGUCCUGGUGGUCUUGAUAUGAAUGUUCAAUCAGUUUGGGCACGUGGUUAUGCAGGUCAAAGUGUCGUGGUUACUAUUCUAGACGAUGGUUUAGAAACAGAUCAUCCAGAUUUGAAAGAUAAUUACGAUCCAUUUGCAUCAUAUGAUGUGAACAGUAAUGAUGAUAAUCCAGAACCUCGUUAUUUAACAAGAGAUAAAAGUAAUACCAACCGUCAUGGUACUCGUUGCGCUGGUGAAGUGGCUGCUGCCGCAAAUAAUAGUGUAUGUGGAUUAGGUAUAGCUUAUAAAGCUCGUAUAGGUGGCGUACGUAUGUUAGAUGGUGAUGUGACUGACGCAAUGGAGUCACGUUCAUUAAGUCAUCAGCUACAACAUAUUGAUGUAUAUUCUGCAUCAUGGGGUCCGGAAGAUGACGGUAAAACAGUUGAUGGUCCAGGCAAACUUGCUCAAAUGGCAUUUCGUAAUGGAAUACAAAUGGGUCGACGUGGUUUGGGAUCAAUUUUUGUAUGGGCCAGUGGGAAUGGUGGUACAAGUCAUGAUAACUGCAAUUGUGAUGGGUAUACAAAUAGCAUUUAUACACUAGGUGUUGGAUCAGUUUCAGAGCAUGGAUCUGUUCCAUGGUAUGCAGAAUUAUGCUCUUCAACGUUAGCUGUUACCUAUAGCAGUGGAGGACGUGGUGAACGUGGUGUUAUUACAACAGAUUUAAAUCACACUUGUACUGAUAAUCAUUCUGGUACAUCGGCCAGUGCACCAUUAGCUGCUGGUAUAUGCGCUCUCACCUUGUCAGCCAAUCCUAAUUUAACUUGGAGAGAUUUACAAUAUUUAGUUGUUUAUACAGCACGUCCAGAUGGUUUAUAUGCAGAUGAUUGGCAUGUGAAUGGUGUUGGUCGACGUGUAUCACAUGCAUUCGGUUAUGGUUUAAUGGAUGCCGCCGCUAUGGUUGAUUUAGCUUUGAAUUGGACUAAUGUGCCACCACAACGUGUAUGCGAAGCUCAAGCUCCAAUGACCGGUGAUCCAAUUACUAUUAGACAAAUGUCUAAAGAAAAUUUAGCUUUAACUACUGAUGGUUGUGAAUCAGCCGCAGCUCUUGCAGGUGAUCUAUCACAUCGUGUUGUACAUUUGGAACAUGUACAAGCUAAAGUAACUCUAAGUAGUGUACAACGAGGUGAAAUUGAAUUGUGGUUAACGUCCCCAGCUGGAACUAUUUCACAACUUUUAAGCAAAAGGCCAAAAGAUAUUGAUGUCGCUGGAUUUCAUGCAUGGCCAUUUAUGUCUGUACACUAUUGGGGUGAAUUAGCCAAUGGUACUUGGAAAUUAACAGUUAAAUCGGGAAAUGCUGUCGUUUUGAUUCAUGAUUGGAGCUUAAUUUUAUAUGGAACAAAUACUCCACCACCAUCUGUACCAAGUUCUUCGCAUAGACGAGGUGUCAGACAACUUCCCAGGAACCAAGAGGCUAAUCCUUCUGCAAAAUCUCAAAAAACAUGGAUUGAUCCACAGAAAGACAAAUUUCAUUCAUCUAAAACUUCACAACAGCCUCAACAAAAAUCCAUUGAAACAUCAAAGCACUAUUCCUUAGAUUCUGUUUUAAAUCCUAUUAAUCAAGAAAAUGGUGAUCAUAGCUCUAUUGGUUCAUCGGAAAAUCAAAACUCUUAUCCUUAUCCACCAUUUUACUAUUUAAACAAUCAAAACUCUUAUCGAUAUUGGCCUACUUGGAAUAGUGAAUACCAGAGUUUGUCACCUGUUCAAGCCCCACCUCCACCUCCUCCUCCACCGCCACCUAUACCAACGAUCUCUGUUCUGUCAUUACCACCGCCUUCAGCACCACUAUCUUCUUCCUCCUCCUCAUCAUCCUCUUCUGCCGCUUCACAUUCUUUAUCCUCUUCUUCUUCAUCAUCUCAUGAAUUCUACCCUAAUUAUUUUCCACAAUCUUCUAUUCCCUUCUCUUCUACCGGUCAUUCUUCAUCAAAUCAUGGUUUAGACGAAUCAAAUCCUUCAAUUGAAUUUGAUCUACCAUCAUUAGUUGUACAGUCGAAUGAUUUCACACAUAUUGAAACAUCUAAUACACUCGAUCGAAAUGGUUAUUCCGAACACGAACUUAGUUUAUCUCAAAAUCAUGGACAAUUAUUAGUUAAUCAUGAUGAGUCAAUACAACGUAGCAAUCAUAAAAUUGAGAAUAAUAACAAUUAUAUUAAUAUUAAUAAUAAAAACACAUUGAAUAAUUCUGUUUAUUCUAUUAAUGUAAAGUUCCUUUAUUUAUUAUCCUCUCUAAUCUUAUUUAUUUUAUUUGUCUACUGA